CCAUCAUCCAGACCAGACAGUGCGCCACAGCCCACCAGCCAGCCCCGCACACACACACAGACAUGUCCGACCCCGUCAAGCCAACACCCCCCGCGCCUGCGCCCGUCGGCGUGCCCGAGCCAACAGCGAGCGUGGGAGCUGCUGGCGCCGGAACUGGCGCCGGCGCCGCCGGUGGCCAGGGCUCCAUCCUCGACAAGGCGCGCGACCUCGCCAAGCCGUACAUUGACAACGCGCGCCCGUACGUCGAGAAGGCGCAGGCGGCGAGCAAGCCGUACACGGACGCCGCGUACGCCAAGGGCAAGGAGUGGAAGGAGAGCUGGGAUACCAAGCCCGCCGCAGGCACCGAGGCCGGCGGCCCAGACGCCGUCUCGCGCGUCGGCCUCGGCGAGGGCGCCGCUGCCGCGCCGCCGACACAGCAGCAGGACCUGUCGCAGCGCGCCAAGGGCAUGUUCGACUAUGGUGUUGGGAGCUUGAAGUCUGGCUGGACGCAGCUCGGCGCCACGAUCGACAGCCAGACGGCGACGGCGGACAAGCCGGGCCUCUUCUCGCAGGCUGGGGCGGCGCUCGAGUCGGCCCGUUUGGCGGUCGACAAGCAGCUUGGUACGACGCCCGUCACUGACGCUACUGGUGCCACUGGUGCUGCCGGUGCCGGUGCCGCUCACACCCCCUCGGCCCCCGCUGCUGCCAGCGGGUACGCUGUGGGCGGCACUGCUGCUGCGCCUGCUUCCGCCCCAGCUGCCGCCGCUGCCACGCCUGCUGCCGACGUGUCGCCUGCUUCUGCCGGCACCAAGCCAUCUGCCUAAGCUAGCUAGCUACGCUGGACUAUGUGUUUGCUUGCUCGCGCCUAGUUAUGUUCUGUACGCCGUCGUCGAGACUGUUAUUGUCGCCUGGCACUGUAGAUGCACGGGUGCCGCCCGCCUGCCGAGUGCCACACGACGCGUGGUCUCGGGAUUUUCUGGACCCUGGUUUUUAG